AUGGGCGUUGUGUUCCACCCCACAGAUCAUCAUAGGGCCAUUCAAUGUAAGGAAUCACAUGAUCACGAUAUGGAAUUAUGGAGCUGGAAGGUACAGUCAGAAAAUAUCACAACAACGUGCCGUAGAAGUACUGAACUCAGACAAGCAGCGACAUCACACGCAUUAACAUCAUCUGAAGACUAUGUCAAUGGGAUAUCCAACAUGACUUGGAUAUCUAAAAGUUGCAAUCAACAUGUCAUUAAGGAUUUUGUGAAAUGUAAACAAUUAUUGCAGUGGCGUACAUUAAAGCGUUUAGCUGAUGAGAUCGUAGCACCCCGUCGCCGAUUCAAACGCCAACGAGUUGCAGUACAAUACAAGAACCAGUUUAUGAUAUCAGACAAAGAACAAUCUGAAAGAUAUUGUACGACGUCUCCUCGAUCUCUUCAAUAUGCUUUGCCCAAUUUGACAAGUCACGAUACGCUGUGUAUUCUUCACGCCAUGCACACGAUACCCAGCGAGCUGCGGCAUCUUAAUAGUCGUGCUAGUUGUAAUCGUCUCCACAAACGGUGUGAGGUGCAUCAAGUUUUCGGAUGGCGUCAUUUACUUUGCCAAGAAGAUGAUGAUGGUGAUUUAGCGCGCCGUGUAGUAUGGAAAAGUGCCAAGGCGCUUGAUUCGAUGAUGAUGCGACCUCUUGCACGUCAGAUCUGGCGAGCAAGUACUGAAAUUUCAAGUGCAUCACAUGGCAAAGAAACAGGAAAACUAUUAUACACCAUUAACCGGAUUGCCCGGGUCAUUUAUUCUACAAAUAGCGCUUACGGUACCGGUGACCGUCGUUGUAAUCGGCAUCAAAUUUGGCUGGAAUGCUUCCUUGACGAUGGGCUGCAGGUCUGUGUGGCACGCAAAGAACUCCGGCAGUUUAGUGACUAUUGCGUGCCUGAAAUUAGUGCAACCGAAUGCGAAGGAUUUCUCGUGCGACCAGUUUACACAAGAACAAUCAACACGCAGCUGGUAGGCUGUUCACUGCAUUGUCUUCGAGCAGUAGAUGCAAGUGACAAAGGUGUGUCGUCUGCAUCAGCAUUAAAGCAGAAGCUGAUCCAGGAACUUCCACAGCACACGCUGCAAUGGGAAGAAGACAACAUCUAUGACCUGAUAAAGUUGCCGCAGGUUUUACUGGACAGUAUCUUUGCUUAA